GAAAUGACCUAAUCGUCUUUCUGGCAGACCAGAGCGCGCCCUAUUUUAAACCCAGAGUGAAGGUUUCCUUGAAGAAUCACAGCGCACUGAUCACAGGUGUGGUGCCGGGGGAUUACGACGGAGACUCGCAGAUGGACGUCCUGCUGACCUAUCUCCCCAAAAAUCAUGUCGACGGUGGAUUAAGCGCUGUCAUCUUCUGGGGGAAAAAUCAAACAUUAGAUCCUAAUAACAUGACCAUGCUCAACAGGACUUUUCAUGAUGAACCUUUGAUUAUGGACUUCAAUGGUGAUUUAAUUCCUGAUGUGUUUGGCGUCACGCAUGAAGCCAGCCAGCCACAGAUUCUGUUAGGAGGGAAUUUAUCCUGGCACCCUGCAUUGACCACUAAAAGUAAAAUGCGAAUUCCACACUCUCACGCAUUCAUCGACCUGACUGGAGAUUUCACAGCAGAUUUAUUCCUCACGACAUUGUCUGCCACGGGUACCUCGCAGUUUGAGAUCUGGGAAAAUGUGGAUGGCAACUUCUCUAGCAGGACUGUACUUGAAAAACCUCAAAAUAUGAUGGUGGUGGGACAGUCAGCGUUUGCAGACUUCGAUGGAGACGGGCACAUGGACCACUUGCUCCCGGGCUGUGAGGAUCGCGGCUGCCAGAGAAGCGCCAUCUACCUGGCGAGGUCCGGGACAGAGCAGUGGGUUCCAGUCUUGCAGGAUUUCAGCAACAAGGGCACGCUCUGGGGCUUUGUGCCGUUUGUGCAAGAACAGCACCCGAUGGAAAUUCCGAUUCCAAUCACCCUUCGCAUUGGCGACUACAACAUGGACGGCUACCCGGACGCCCUGGCCAUACUGAAGAACACCUCUGGCAGCAGCCAGCAGGCCUUCUUGCUGGAGAACGUGCCCUGUAACAACGCGAGCUGCGAGGGGGCGCACCGCAUGUUCCGCGUGUACUGGGAGCUGUCGGACCUGAGUCAGAUCAGGGAGGCCCAGGUCGCCACCUUCUUCGACAUCUACGAAGACGGCAUCCUGGACAUCGUGGUGCUCAGUAAAGGGCUCACGAGGAGCGACUUGGCCAUCCACGCGCUAAAGAACAACUUUGAGGCAGAUGCCUACUUUGUGAAAGUCAUUGUUCUUAGUGGCCUCUGUUCUAAUGACUGUCCUCGUAAGAUAACACCCUUUGGCGUGAACCAGCCUGGCCCUUACAUCAUGUACACAACCGUGGAUGCAAAUGGAUAUCCGAAAAAUGGUUCGGCUGGACAACUCAGCCAGUCGGCACAUCUAGCUCUCCAGCUGCCCUACAAUGUACUUGGUUUAGGUCGAAGUGCGAAUUUCCUCGACCAUCUUUAUGUCGGGAUUCCCCGUCCAUCUGGAGAGAAGUCGGUGCGGAAGCAGGAGUGGACUGCCAUCAUCCCCAACUCGCAGCUGAUCGUCAUUCCUUACCCGCACAACAUGCCUCGGAGCUGGAGCGCCAAGCUGUACCUCACGCCGAGCAACAUCGUCCUGCUGACGGCCAUCGCGCUCAUCGGCGUCUGCAUCUUCAUCCUGGCCAUCAUCGGCAUCCUGCACUGGCAGGAGAAGAAAGCGGACGACAGAGAGAAGCGGCAGGAAGCCCACCGGUUUCACUUCGACGCCAUGUGACCUGCCCGGCGCUCGCUGGAUUCACGGAAACGCCGGGUUUGGCUGAGACAGGAAAGGGGGGUGAACAUUAUUUAUAAGCGACGCGUCCUUUGUGAUUUGGGGGAGCGCUGCGGUCCCGGCCGGAGGCACCGGUCUCUCUGGAGCUCUGGCAGCGGGCGGGUCUGGGGUUGUGCCGAGCAGUCUAUUCCUUCCUGGGCGGUGCAUGCGCUGUGUCCGUGUUUAUAAUCCUCGUAGAAUGAUGGUGACGGGAAAGCCUGUAAAUAAACUAUUUAAAUGAG